AUGUCUAAGUCUGUCGGUAUUGAUUUAGGAACUACCUACUCCUGUGUGGCCCACUUCUCGAACGACCGUGUCGAGAUUAUUGCCAACGACCAAGGUAACAGAACCACCCCAUCUUUUGUUGCUUUCACUGACUCCGAGAGAUUGAUUGGAGAUGCUGCCAAGAACCAGGCUGCCAUGAACCCAGCCAACACUGUCUUUGACGCCAAGAGACUUAUCGGAAGAAAGUUCGACGACGCCGAUGUGCAGGGCGACAUCAAGCACUUCCCUUUCAAGGUUGUCAACAAGGACGAGAAGCCAAUCAUCCAGGUCGAGUUCAAGGGUGAGACCAAGACCUUCACCCCAGAGGAGAUCUCCUCUAUGAUCUUGACCAAGAUGAAGGACACUGCCGAGUCUUUCUUGGGUACCCAGGUCACCGACGCCGUCGUCACCGUGCCAGCUUACUUCAACGACUCCCAGAGACAAGCCACCAAGGAUGCUGGUUUGAUUGCCGGCUUGAACGUCAAGAGAAUCAUCAACGAGCCAACCGCUGCUGCCAUUGCCUACGGUUUGGACAAGAAGACCGAGGAGGAGAAGAACGUCUUGAUCUUCGACUUGGGUGGUGGUACUUUCGAUGUCUCCUUGUUGUCCAUUGAGGACGGUAUCUUCGAGGUCAAGUCCACUGCUGGUGACACUCACUUGGGUGGUGAGGACUUUGACCACAGAUUGGUCAACCACUUCAUUGCCGAGUUCAAGAGAAAGAACAAGAAGGACCUCUCCACCAACCAGAGAGCCUUGAGAAGAUUGAGAACCGCCUGUGAGCGUGCCAAGAGAACCUUGUCUUCUUCUGCUCAAACCUCGAUUGAGAUUGACUCUUUGUUCGAGGGCAUUGACCUCUACACCUCCAUCACCAGAGCCAGAUUCGAGGAGUUGUGUCAGGACUUGUUCAGAUCCACCUUGGACCCUGUCGAGAAGGUCUUGAGAGACGCCAAGGUCGACAAGUCCCAGGUUGAUGAGAUUGUCCUUGUUGGUGGUUCCACCAGAAUUCCAAAGGUCCAGAAGUUGGUCUCUGACUUCUUCAACGGUAAGGAGCCAAACAAGUCCAUCAACCCUGAUGAGGCUGUUGCUUACGGUGCCGCUGUCCAGGCCGCUAUCUUGUCUGGUGACACUUCUUCCAAGACCCAGGACUUGUUGUUGUUGGAUGUUGCCCCAUUGUCCAUGGGUAUUGAGACCGCUGGUGGUAUCAUGACCAAGUUGAUCCCAAGAAACUCCACUAUCCCAACCAAGAAGUCUGAGACCUUCUCUACCUACGCUGACAACCAGCCAGGUGUCUUGAUCCAAGUCUUCGAGGGUGAGAGAGCCAAGACCAAGGACAACAACUUGUUGGGUAAGUUCGAGUUGUCUGGUAUUCCACCAGCCCCAAGAGGUGUCCCACAAAUCGAGGUCACCUUCGACGUCGACGCCAACGGUAUCUUGAACGUUUCCGCUUUGGAGAAGGGUACUGGUAAGACUCAACAGAUCACCAUCACCAACGACAAGGGCAGAUUGUCCAAGGAGGACAUCGAGAGAAUGGUCUCUGAGGCCGAGAAGUUCAAGGAUGAGGACGAGAAGGAGGCUGCCAGAGUCCAGGCCAAGAACGGCUUGGAGUCUUACGCUUACUCCUUGAAGACCACCUUGGGCGGUGAGGAGUUCAAGUCCAAGUUGGAGGAGGCUGAUGUCGAGACCGUCACCAAGGCUGCCGAUGAGGCUAUUGCCUGGUUGGACGACAACCAGACUGCCACCACCGAGGAGUACGCUGACAAGCAAAAGGAGUUGGAGGGUACCGUCAACCCAAUCAUGGCUAAGGCUUACCAAGCUGGCGCUGCCCCAGGUGGUGCUGCCCCAGGUGGAUUCCCAGGUGCCGCUGACGGUGGCGCUGCCCCAUCUAACGAUGGCCCAACUGUUGAGGAGGUUGACUAA